AGCUUGUCCACUAUGUUUAUUAUUUCUUGUUCCCUGCUUUUUGCCUUGCAGGUGGCUUGUGAAUGGCACAGAGGUGCCGCUGGGUUUGGACCUGCGUUACAGCCUGGUGGCGGGCAGCCUGGUGAUCAGCAACCCGGAGUCUGUGCGAGACACCGGCUCCUAUCAGUGUCUGGCCAUCAACCGCUGCGGCACCAUCAUCAGCCGGGCAGCUAACCUCAAGUUUGGCUACCUCCAUGACUUCCCUCCGGACAGCAGGAGUCCUCAGACAGCGUAUGAAGGCGUAGGAACCUUCCUGGUCUGCCAGCCCCCGACACAUUACCCAGCUCUGUCCUACCGCUGGUUAAUCAACGAGUUUCCCAACUUCAUCAAGAAGGACGACGGCCGCUGGUUUGUGUCGCAGGUCACAGGAAACCUGUACCUGGCUAAAGCAGAGCCCAACGACACCGGGAACUACUUCUGCUUCACCACCAUCAACAUGGACAUCAGCACCAAGAGCACCUUCAGCAAGGCCAACCUGCUCACCGUGCUGCCAGACGCCACUCCCAGGAAGUCAGCUCCGAUCAUCAAGGUGCGGUUCCCUGCAGAGACCUACGCCCUGGCAGGACAAACCACGCAGCUAGAAUGCUACGCCUAUGGAAAUCCGGUUCCUAAACUGCGCUGGAGGAAGGUUGACGGUUUGAUGCCGUCCAAGGCAGGCUCCAGUGUGGAGGGCCCCGCCCUCAUCCUGCCAGAUUUAUCCUUCGAUGAUGAAGGUGUUUACGAGUGUGAAGCCUACAACUCAGAGGGAAGAGACAUGUACCAGGGACGCAUCAAUAAGGUGAACGGGGCUCGUCUGAAGAUCAGUAACCUGGCCCUGGAGGAUUCUGGGAUGUAUCAGUUGGUGGGUGAGAACAAACAUGGCACCAUCUACUCUACUGCUGAGCUCAGAGUUCAGGUUCAGGCCCCAGACUUCAGGUUGAACCCAGUGAGGAGACUGAUCCCAGCAGCCAGGGGGGGGCAGGUGAUGAUGGAGUGUCGCCCCCGAGCCGCCCCCAAACCCAGCCUGUUCUGGAGCCGAGGGACGGAGCUGCUGAUCAACAGCAGCAGGUAA